CAAAUGUUCAAAUUCUUACAUUACAAUCGGCUAAAUUGCGACUAAAGAAGGCCCAAAUUUGAAAUACGGAACGACGUCGGCUGUUCAGAUCGAGGGUUUUUUGCUGGUUUUGAACAUUCUCAGUCACUCUGAGAGAGAGAGAGAGAGAGAGAGAGAUCCAUCGGAAAAUUCAGGAUGAAGCCGGUGGUCGGGAUAGUGGUGUCGAACAAGAUGCAGAAGUCAGUCGUGGUGGCCGUCGAUCGCCUCUUCCAUCACAAGCUCUACAACCGCUACGUCAAGCGCACCUCCAAAUUCAUGGCUCACGACGAGCAGAACCAGUGCAAUAUCGGUGAUCGAGUGAGGCUGGAUCCUUCGCGGCCGCUCAGCAAGCACAAGUAUUGGAUUGUGGCGGAGAUUCUUAAGAAGGCCAGGAUAUAUGUGCCACCGUCUCUGGAUAAGGGCGUUUCCAAGACUGACGAAGCUUCGAGCGGCUUGGCCUCGUGAGGUGAUUAUAAAUGU